CCGAAGCCCAUAGAUAUUCGCCUAUUUACCAGCGUCCACCAGCCUUCUACUUCUCCUAACAUUUCAACACACUUGACCUAGCUGUACUUCAUCCUGCGCAGAUACACGACAACGUCACACCAUGAACGACUACGCCCGUAUGAAAGUCCCUGAACUCAAAGCCCUCCUCGGUCAUCGAAACCUCUCUCAAACCGGAACGAAAAACGACAUGAUUAAGCGCUUGCAAGAGGACGAUGCCGCCGAUAACCACCAUUCCGAAGACACUUCACUGGAGCAGCCGGCUUCUCUAGAGGUUGACAUUUGCCCACAUGGAGACGUCAUUAUGGUUCUCGCCAAUACUCGCCUACACGUUUCUUCAGCUGUCCUUAGGAGCGCUUCUCCAGUCUUCAGUGCCAUGUUCGGUCCCCACUUCGCCGAAGGCCAAAACUUGACGGAACGUAAGCCGAAGAAAAUCAAGUUUCCGGACGAUGAUCCUGAGGGAAUGAAGGUCUUAUGCGGCGUCCUUCACCACAAGUUUGACGUUACAGAGACCCCCAACCUUGAAGUCUUGAAGGAGAUCGCCAUUCUGGUCGACAAGUACGAUUGUUCGUCGGCAAUGUUUGCCACCGCCACAUUAUGGCUCAUACACACUAGAAAGAAAGCACAAGCUGUCAAAUAUGUCGGCUACCAGACUCUGUUUGGAAUCGCUUACCUGUUCAACCAUGCUCAAGCUUUCUACGGAAUCACUCAAGACUUGAUUAUCUACCACGAGGGUUCGUUCAGCAAGUUGGAAGAUCCUUUCGAUGUUGUUCCUUCCAAAUUCUUUGUGCUGUUGGCUGAAUAUCGGCAUGCAUCCUGCAACUCCUUUUUUUAA